CUGGGUGAGCCACCGCGCCAGCGAGUCCCUAUAAACUCCCCGAAGUGGCCCGGCCCGCCGAGUGGGGCCCGUGAGGCCCACGGGCAGAGCCAGGGCCCGGAGCCUCGGCGCUGUUGGUACCAGCCAAGGGGCAGGGCAGGCACGAGGGGCCGCAGCAGCAGAGGGCCCACCGUGGCCGCUGGGGAUGCCCUCUGGGCCCGGCUGAUCGAGGCCGGCCAGCGGAUGAGCCAGGGCCCCUGGGGAGCAGACACCUGGUGGAAGAGGUGGCGGAUCGGGGCCAUGUCUGGGAAACGGAGUCGAGCGAGGAAACCCCGAGCCAGGAGGGCGGGCAGGGUGCGGCAGUCCACGGGCCAGCAAGGCCCCAAGGCUGAGCCCCCGCCCCCGGACGCAGGGGGCCCUGAGGAUGCGGCGGGGGUGGCCCCUGAGGGGCACGUGACCUGCGGCAAGCCGGCUCCCCAGGGACAUCCCAGGGUGGCCAGGCCAGAGCAGCCACAGGCAGAGGAGAGGCCAGUGCAGGCUGCCAACCUGGGGUCUGAGCUGGUGCGAGUCCCCACUGCAGACAUGGAAGGCUGCGGGCCAGGGGGUCUUGUGCCCAGCCUAGGCCCCGAGCUGCUGAAGCUCCACGAAGUCCAGCUGUGCCUGGCCCAGGAGCAGCUGCUGCUGGAGGACCGGCGGCGGCAGUCACAGCUGCACGUGCAGCUGUGGCGGGAGCAGCAAUGGCAGGAGGAGCAGCUGUGGCGGGAGCAGCAAUGGCAGGAGGAGCAGCUGUGGCUGCAGCAGCUGCAGGAGCAGCAGGCCUGGGUGCGCAUGGAGGGGCUGGAGCUGGCCAUGGCCCUGGAGCAGCUCCGGAGCCAGGGCCUGGAGGUGCUGCAGACCCAAGGCCAGGCCCCUGGCCCCAACAUGGCCCGUCGCUCCCAGAGCUCCUCGCAGGGGGACAACCCACUGGCACCCGGGUACCUGCCACCUCACUACAAAGAGUACUACCGCCUGGCAGUGGAUGCACUGGCCGAGGGCGGGCCAGAGGCCUACAACCGCUUUCUGGCAUCCGAAGGGGCACCUGCCUUCCUGUGCUCUGAGGAACUAGAGCAUGUGAGCCGUCACCUGCGGCCCCCGCAGCAUGCUGCCCAGGAGCCCCCAGAAGGCAGCCCUGCCAAUGUGGACAUGGAUGGCUCCUCGGGCACCUACUGGCCCAUGAACUCAGACCAGGCGGUGCCUGAGCUCGACCUGGGCUGGCCCCUGACCUUCGGCUUCCAGGGCACUGAGGUCACCACCCUGGUACAGCCACCACCGCCUGACAGCCCCAGCAUCAAGGAUGAAGCUCGAAGGAUGAUCCGCUCUGCCCAGCAGGUGGUGGCAGUGGUGAUGGACAUGUUCACCGAUGUGGACCUGCUCAGUGAAGUGCUGGAGGCCGCAGCCCGCCGCGUCCCGGUCUACAUCCUCCUGGAUGAGAUGAACGCGCAGCACUUUCUAGACAUGGCCGAGAAGUGCCGGAUCAAUCUGCACCACGUGGAUUUCUUGCGCGUGCGCACUGUGGCAGGCCCCACCUACUACUGCCGAACUGGGAAGUCCUUCAAGGGCCAUGUGAAAGAGAAGUUCCUCCUGGUGGACUGUGCUGUGGUGAUGAGUGGGAGCUACAGCUUCAUGUGGUCCUUCGAGAAGAUCCACCGCAGCCUGGCGCACGUGUUCCAGGGCGAGCUGGUCUCCAGCUUCGAUGAGGAGUUCCGCAUCCUCUUCGCACAGUCAGAGCCACUGGUGCCCUCAGCUGGGGUGCUGGCACGCAUGGAUGCUUACGCCCUGGCUCCAUACGCGGGGGCUGGGCCCCUCAUGGUCAGCCAGGUGCCCGGGGCCCCUUUCUCCUUCCCUAAACGAGCGCACUUCAUGUUCCCACCGCCUCGGGAAGAGGGCCUGGGCUUCCCUUCCUUCCUCGACCCCGACCGCCACUUCCUGUCAGCCUUCCGGCGGGAGGAGCCACCACGGAUGCCUGGGGGUGCCCUGGAGCCACACACAGGGCUGCGGCCACUGUCAAGACGGCUAGACGCUGAGGCUGGUCCAGGCGGGGAGCUCGCGGGCCAGCGGGGCUUCUUCCAGGCACGACACCUGGAGAUGGACGCCUUCAAGCGGCACAGCUACGCGGCUGCCGAUGGCACUGGCGCGGUGGAAAACUUCGCGGCCGCACGGCAGGUGUCACGGCAGACGUUCCUCAGCCAUGGUGAUGACUUCCGCUUUCAGACCAGCCACUUCCACCGGGACCAGCUCUACCAGCAGCAUUACCAGUGGGACCCACAGCUUGCACCGACGCGCCAACAGGGCUUGUUCGAGAAGCUGCGCGCUGGCCGCCCUGGGUUUGCUGACCCCGAUGACUUUGCCUUAGGCGCCGGGCCACGCUUCCCCGAGCUGGGCCUGGAUGGACACCAGCGGCUGGACUACGUGCCGUCCAGCUCAUCACGUGAAGUGCGCCACGGCUCAGACCCCCCCCGAGGCAGCCCAACUGCAGGAUUUACUGAGCAGAAGGGGAGCCCCACCUCCGCCUACCCUGAGCGCAGGGGCAGCCCGGUACCCCCCGUGCCAGAGCGCAGGGGCAGCCCGGUGCCCCCUGUACCGGAGCGCAGGGGUAGCCUCACCCUUGCCUUUUCUGGAGAGUCUCCGAAGACUGGUUCUGCGGAGGAGACGGCUGGCGGCGCCAUGGAGGUCCUGCGCAAGGGCUCCCUCCGCCUCCGGCAGCUGCUGAGCCCCAAGGGUGAGCGGCGCGGCGAGGAUGAGGGCGGCUUCCCAGAGCCGCAGGAGAACGGGCAGCCUGAAAGCCCUCGGCAGCGGCCGUCGCUGAGCCGGGGUAACAGCAUGGAAGCUGCCACAGGAGAUGAGCGGGGCCCGCGGGCACGCACGGCCUCGGCCACAGCCAAUGCCUUGUACAGCAGCAACCUGCGGGAUGACACCAAAGCCAUUCUGGAGCAGAUCAGUGCCCACGGCCAGAAGCACCGCGGAGUCUCCACCCUGACUCCAGUCCACAGCAGCCCUGAGCUAGGCCGCCCACCGGCUGCGGGCGGCCUGGCCCCUGAUAUGUCCGACAAGGACAAAUGCUCGGCCAUCUUCCGCUCGGACAGUCUGGGGACACAAGGCCGUCUGAGCAGCACACUGCCAGCCAGCGCGGAGGAGCGCGACCGCCUGCUGCGCCGCAUGGAGAGCAUGCGCAAGGAGAAGCGCGUCUACAGCCGCUUUGAGGUCUUCUGCAAAAAGGAGGAGGCCAGCGACCCCGGGGGCGGGGAAGGCCCAGCAGAGGAGGACACCAGGGAUAGCAAGGUGGGGAAGUUCAUGCCCAAAAUCCUGGGUACGUUCAGAAGCAAAAAGUGAGCCUCCUGGCCCAUCAGCCCAGGCUGGGGUGCCGGCAUCACUGCCACCCACCGGUCGGAGCACCUGGCCCUCACACCACAGCAGUCUGGAACCCAGCUGGGCACAACCAGAGCGCGGCUCCACUUGGGCUCUGCCUCUUGCCCCUAGCCUCUCUUUGCUUGUGGCUGGAACCCCGCGCUGCCCCAUACCUUGCUCCCCCAACUCCCAUUUCAGCUCCUCAGUCUCCGGGCCCCCAUCUCCCCUUACUCAUGUGCCUCCACUAUGCUCAGGGACCCAUCCCUGUGCCUCAGCCCCCAUCUUUCAGGGGACCCAUCCCUGUGCCUCAGCCCCCAUCUUUCAUGGGGCUUAUCUCUGUGCCUCAGUCCCCAUCUUUCAGGGGGCCCAUCUCUGUGCCUCAGUCCCCAUCUUGCAGGGGCUCAUCUCUGUGCCUCAGGGACCCCAUCUCUGCCUCAGCCCCCCAUUAUCUCAGGGCUUCCCUCUGCUCACAGCCUCCUGGCUACACUGCCUCUUUGCUGUCUUCUGGCCUCUGCCCCCUUCUCUCUCUGAGCCUCCAACCUCCCCAGGUCCCUCUGUCUCCAUCUCCAUUUCAGGUCUCUGGGGGCUCACUUCCUGCCCUGCCCAUCUUCUGCCUCCUGCCACCUUUCUUGGUGGCCCAUCUUUUCACUGUGGGGUGUAGCAGAGGGGCCGCCUCUCCAGCAGGACUCCUGGCGACGAAUGGGGGCACCAGAUUGCAGCGGUGCAGAAUGUGUUGCCCCAGCCUCGUGAAGGGUCCCCGCGUUCCCUGACAGACACCUUCACAGCUGAAAAGGGGCUGGAUGUGGAGUUCUUGUCCUUGGAACAGGUGAGGGCAGAGGAUGCAGUCUGGUGGUGCCUGAGCCCAACCUCCUGGGCCGAGGGGUCCUGGGCGUGGUCCUUGCCCUGCAGGUGCUCAGCGCUACCUGUCCUGCAUCC